CACAAUAUAAUUUUGCCGCCGCACGGCCCUUUACUUUACACUAGUCGUCUCGUCGUCGUCGUCAUCCCCCUCCAUAUUGUCUGGGUUUAGGGUUUAGAGCGUGUUUAGCUCUGUUCCUUGUCCAUCAUAGUGAAUUGUUAUAGUAUGUGCUCUUUCGCAUCCUGCUAAACACAAUGCAUGCUGUAAAGGGUGCUUGGGUGGGGCAAACCUUUGCCCUUGCCAAGCGCAAUGAGUCUGAAGUAAGAAAAUCAAGGAUUCGCCGUUCCAAAGAGGAAAGAAAGGCAAUGGUUGAAACAUUUAUAAAGAAGUACCAAGAGUCUAACAAUGGAAGCUUCCCAUCACUUAAUCUUACCCACAAGGAAGUUGGUGGUUCUUUCUACACAGUACGGGAGAUUGUACGAGAUAUAAUACAAGAGAAUAGAGUGUUGGGGCCUGCUAAGUUCACUUUAGAGGAGCAUCCCUCUGACCAGGUUUUGGAACGAGAUCUGUUAGGUUCAAUUGCUGUAGAUCCUAAUACUUACUUGGCUGCAUCUCCAAAUGAAAAUCAUCAUGAGCCUAGCAAUCUUAAGGGUACGAGUGAGAAAAUGCUUUCUGGGGAGCACAUUAGAGUUGAGGUUCAGUUAUCUGAUAAUGGGAAUGUACUCAAUGGUAGCCAGGUGAGUGUAAGAAACAAGGAAUUCAAUGAAGCGUAUGGAAAUGGAAAUGUAAUUAGUGAUAGCCAAGUAGAUGAGACAAACCAGGAAUUGGCUGAAACAUGUGGCAAUGGAAAUCUCAUCCAUGGUAGCCAGGUAGAUCAAACAAACAAGGACUCUGUUGAAGCAAGUAGUCCUGACUUUCAAGCCAUUGAGUCUUUGGCAACCGAAGAGGAUGUUACACAAAAUUUGGCAGUGCCUAUAACUAAUUUAAGCCCUGUCACAGCUGAUGUGGUUGUAGAGACAUUUCCAAUAAGGUCUGUUACAAGGACAGCCAUUGGAACAGAAAGUUCUGGAGAAUCAAGAGAACUGAUCAAUUCUUCAGAAAAUGAAACAAAAAAUCUGGGCUUGCAUAUAGGCAAGGCAAGAUCAGAAUUAGAGAGUGUUGAGUUGAUGAAGAAUUCUAAUUUACUUGAUGAGAAGUCUGUGGAUGACCUUGGAAAUACAUUUUCCUCUGGUAUUGAGGAAGAAGGAAAAAAUGUUGGAUAUACACUAGUCAAAAGCACAAUGCAGGCAGCCCUUGAAGAACAUUUUGCUCAUGACAAUGAAAUAUGUGCUGAUCUUCAAGUUAAAGCUCCUCAUCAAAGCAAUAUUUUGACUGCUGAAGUCAUUGAGCAAAGUCAAACCAUAUCUGGUGCCAAGACAAAAAUUCAAGAUGGCUUUCAUGCCAAGACUAAAGAAGGCCAGGAGCGCACAAAUGAGCAUGAAAUUAAUGGUCAGCUUGGUGGCAACACCCAGAAAAGCAACCCAACUUUAGAUAGAAUCAAUCUAGAGUCAUGGGAUGGGACUCCUGGAAAUUCAACGAAACAACAUAUUAACCCAUUUGUGGCAGUGUUCAGAGCUUUUGUAGAUGCCUUUGUGAAGUUUUGGUCAGAAUAGAGCUUUUUUUCUUCCUUUUUUGGUACGUUCAAGAGAUUUCACAAUCACCUGAGAGUAGUCUUUGAUUAAGUGAUUUAUUGCUCUCUCGUUGAUCUUUUCCGGUUUUCCCCUAUGAAGUGGUUGUUAUCUUGUUCUCUUUUUUCGGUUGAAAAGAGGGCAGUGCCCAAUAUCAUUCCAUUAUCAAAACUUCUCUUGGGCUAGAAACACCCAACUUGUCCUAUUCAACGGUUUUCAUCUUGUUUUCAUGAUUGGUCUGGUCUUGUAACAUAAUUUGCAUGUUGUUUUUAUGCGUAACAUAUUGUUUUCUUAA